AUGCAUAUUGUCAUUUCUGAAAAAGUAAGCAAUGGCUUAUCACCCAUUGAAAUUGAUAAAGUAGUUACAGAACCAGUAGUGCCAAAUGUUUUACAGGAAGUUAUGCUAAGUAAUGAUAACACUCUUAACCUUGUUGGUACUUCAAAUUCUUUCUCAAUUUUAGAUCCAAGUAUGGAUUAUACUCAUGAAGUUUUAUUUGACCAAAAUAAAGAAAAUUUUCAAAAUAUUUUAAGAGCUACUCAAAUGAAGACUAAGGAGACAGAAGCCUCAAAUUCAGGAUCAAGAGCUCAUUUUCAAAGAAGGGAUGUUCUCUCUCCAGCAGCUAUCAACCUCUUUCCUAAGAUUGCAUACUUAAAGAAGUCUGCUAGAAAUGUGCAAGUUACUGUUUUGAGCUCUUCUCCUCAGGCUAUUUCUCUGGAUGUUUCCUUCUCUUCUAUGAUAAACUUUGUUGUUACUUUCAUCUAUGGGGAUAACUGUUAUAUCACAAGGAACUUGUUAUGGAAUGCUAUUAUUGCUUAUGCCUUUUUAAUACAAGUCCAUGGGUUUUACUUGGAGAUUUCAACUCCUUGCUUUAUCCGUAUGACAAAAUGGGGGGGUGCUUCCGUUUUACCUCACAAUUAUCAAGAUUUGGCUAGGUGUGUUCAAUUGUCAAAGAUUAUGGACUUACAAUUCUCUGGUUGUUUCUUUACUUGGACCAAUCGUCGUCAAGAUGGUACUAUUGUUAGCUCCAAGAUAGAUAGGGUGAUGGUGAAUGUAGAGUGGAUACAACAAUUUCAAAUUUCGAAAGUUGAGUUUCUUCUACCUGGGAUAUCUGAUCAUUCUCCUUGCAUUGUUUCUGUUGCUGAGAGAAGAAAACAUGGCCCCCCUCCUUUCAGAUUUUACAAUUUUCUAUUUGAAGAAAAGGAUUUCAUGGAAGUGGUUAGAAGGGGUUGGAAUAUUAAUGUUAGAGGCAACCCUAUGAUAAGAUUGGUUCAUAAGCUAAAGAGUGUGAAGUAUGAAAUUUCUAGAUGGAAAAAGUUAAGAUUUAAGAAUAUGUCAGAACAGGAUGAUGUUGCUGAUUUGGUGAGACCUGUUACAAGAGAAGAAGUGGUUGCUGCUCUACACUCUAUUGGUUCAAGCAAGGCUCCAGGGCCUAAUGGUUUCUCUAGCCAUUUUUUCAAAUCUUGUCGGACUGAGAAGAAGAACCCCUCAUUUGUUAUUGAUUAUAGACCCAUUUCUUGUUGUAAUGUUACUUAUAAGUGCAUUACCAAGAUUUUAUCUGUCAGAAUGAAGAAGAUCUUGGGAGGCUUAAUUAGUCAAAAUCAAUCAGCAUUUAUUUCUGGGAGAUCAAUUCAGGAUAACAUCGUGGUAGCUCAUGAGUUGGUAAGGAAUUAUCAUAGAGCUAAAGGAACUCCAAGAGAGAGGACUGAGACAAGGUUGUCCAAUCUCUCCAUACUUAUUUGUGCUGGCUAUGGAAAUGCUGAGUGCUACCCUUCAAAAACAAGUUCAGAUUCAGAUAUUUGGUUUUCACCUAAGAUUAUAAAAGAUGCUCUAGAUGAAUUCAGUUCUUUCUCAGGUUUAGAAAUUAACAAGCAAAAGACUUCAUUAUUUUGUUCUGCUGUGGAUACUACUACUAAGGGUCAAAUUCUUCAAAUUUUAGACUGCACAGUAGGAGAUUUGCUUAGUCAGGAGCUGAAUUCUAAGUUCAAAAGAUUUCUAUGGGCUGGUCUUGACUUAAAGAAGAGUUAUAAUCCUAUCAAAUGGUGUUUUGCUUGUCACUCUUAUGAAGAAGGGGGUUUGGAAAUAAAGGAUUUAGAAAAUACUAAUGUAGCAGCAAAUUUAAGGCAUAUUUGGGAUUUAAUCUCUGGCAAAGAUACUAUAUGGAAUUCAUGGGUUAAAAGUAAUCUCAUUAAAGAUAAUGAUUUUUGGACAAUGAAGAUUCCUCAAGAGUGCUCUUGGUGUUGGAGAAGAAUUUUGGACCACAGGGAGCUUGCAAAGGAACAUAUAGGAGUCCUCUUGGGAAAUGGAGUAUCCACAAACUUCUUGUAUGAGAAAUGGCAUUCAAAAGGGAUCUUUACAAAUUGGGUAGAACCUCAUAUUUUAGCAAAAAUUGGUGCUGCAGAUAACUCUAAAGUGGCUGACUUUCUUUCUCCUGAGGGUUGGGUGUUUCCAGAUUUUAUGGAAGAUGAAGUCCAAGAUGUUGUCAAGGAAAUUUCUAAGACUGAGUUCAACAUUUCAGAGAGUGAUCAAAUCUUUUGGAACACAUGA